AUGGCCAACCGGCAGAGCCUCAGCGGCCGGUCGACAUUUGUCCUCCAACAAACAAUCGACUACUUCGACAACUACUGGAGGCACCUCGCAGAAUGGCCAGGCGAGGCCCGCAUCCCCAUCUUCCAGCGACUGCGAAUACCCUACUGGAGCCCCGCGAGGCCCGACCCUGCCCUCAAUGCCCAAGGCCCCAUAGGCCCGGUGGGUAGAGGCCGCAAUGUGCCAUUCGCACAGACCACUAGGUCGGACACGGGAGGCGACACCGACCAGGGCAGGAUGAGGAGAUUCUUCGAGGAUAUGGGCUAUACCUUUAUCAAGGUGCUCGGCGCGGGUUCUCAGGGCGUCGCCGCCCUGCUCGAGUUUACCGGCCAGAGGCUGGUCAUCAAAUGGAGCCAGGAGCUGCCUGCACUGGCCACCGAGAUGUGGGCUGAGAAGAAGAUGGUCGGGGCGAGGCAUAUAGUCCAGCGCAAGUGGAGGCCCGGAAUGAUCAACACCGGCUGGGACAAUGACAGUGCUAUGAUGGAUGACAUACUCACUCUGGAAUACACGUUUGAGCAGGAGAUGAGGCAAAGUCUGGGCCCUGGUAUUCCGAUAAUGGGCCUUCUCCGCAAGAUAUCUACACAGCAGGCAUAUCUGAAGGACUCAGAGAUAUGGCGGAUAUUCCUGUGUCUCUUCCGAGCCUGCGUUGCUCUGACCUACCCCGGGCGCUGGGCCCCGCCAGGCUUCGUCCCCGACAACAACAACGACGCCCCGACACAAGAGGAAUUCGUCCCCGUGGGCAUUCUCGGCACCCCCGUUCCCACAGGAAACGGCAUCAUCAACUUCGACAUGAACGACCGGAACGUCAUGAUCGGCGACUUCAGCGCCGACCCAGCCCCGGGACACUCGCACGACCAGGUGCCCGUGGUGAAGCUGGGCGACCUGGGCGUCAUCACGAGGUUCCUGCCGCAUCACCGCAACAGCUUCUUCGCGCUGGUGGCGUGUAGGAUCCGCGGGAACAUGUGGUACCACACCCCAGAGCAGUUCAGUGAGACGUGGAAGAACGUCGACAGCAUGGAGUCGCUUGCCGCCGACGAGGUGGCCGGGAAGUUCGGCUGGACCACGAACUUGUGGCAGGUUGGCCGUCUCAUGACCAUCAUUAUAACCAGAAUGUUGCCCGACGUGCCCCCAACCUGCACGCAGAGGCCCAUCACGGUGAAUCCAGACGGGAGGACAAGGAUGAUCUGGACGUACGCAGGCCACCUGCUGGACCCGGAGUUUGACCACUACGACCCCCUGCUGCGCUCCACCGUCGCCUGGUGCAUGGCGCACCGACCGUCAGACAGGCCCGACAUACGCCUGCUCGAGGGCCUCCUCAUGAGCGCCGUCGCCGCCGACCGCUCCGCCGCCGAGGCCCAGGGCCGCGUCUCCGUCGCGGACCUGUUGGGCGUGCCGGCUCCUGCUAUGGGGGCGGCGUCCGCUGCUGUGGCUCAGAACCCCCCUCCGGCUCCGGCGGCUGCUGGGCCUUUUGGACUUGGUGGGUCUGGUGGGCUAGGCCGUGGUGGACGCGGUGGUGGACGCGGUGGGGGACGCGGGCAAGGCCGCGGUCGAGGCAGGGGUCGUGGACGUGGACGAGGUCGUGGGUGA